AUGGAGAGUAGUCGACGUCGUCAAACAAAUGCCAAGAAAACCAGCAGCAGGCGGCUGUGCUGCGACGACGCUGACACCGUCAGAGUUCCGUUCCAAAUUGUGACAACCACCCUCAUCAGUCUCCUCCUUCCUCUCUCAUUCCUCCUCCUCGCCCGCCUCUCAACCGCUCAAUACAUUCUCUCCGCCACCAACAACUACCCCAAGGCGGCGGCGGCGGCAGUGGCGGAGCCCACUUCCUUGUUAUGCUCAUUUUUUUUAAACUCUAAAAAACCCACAAUUCUCCACAUUCUAGUCACUCUCAUAACUGUAUCAUCUCUAAGUUACGCCUUAACCGGGAAAUUCAUACUCCUGGUCAACCAUUCAUCUGAUCAUAUUCAUCCCUCAACAAGACGACGCCGUUUAUACGCUGCAUGGUGGUUCCUCUUCGUAUUCCAAGUUUGCGUUGGAUUAUGGAUCGAAGGAAGCAUCGCCACCGGAAUCGACGGCUCUGGUUUUGGUCGAGAGAACAGCUUUCUCUUAAGAGUUGUCUUCUUUUUUGGUCUGCACGAAACGAUUGUGUUCUGGGGGAGGACGGUGGUGAAGCCGGUGGUGGAUGACACCAUAUUCGGUUAUUGGAGGAAGGAAGGAUGGGUUGAGAAGGCGGCAGUAGGGCUGAGCUACGGCUGGUUUUGGUGGUGGAGGCUUAGGGACGAGGUGGAGGCGCUGGUUGUCGUGCCUUCCCUCAAGACCAGCACCACCGGAGUUGGAGUUGGAGUGGCCGAUUUCAUGGGCUGGUGCCUUUAUUAUCUCACGGUCACCAUUGGCAUUGUCAGGAUCGUCAGAGUCUUUAUACUUACGGCCCUGAUUUUGACACGUCGGAGAGAGGAAGGAAAUGAUGACAAGGUCUGA